CCAAUGAUUGGUAACGCUUUGGGUAGUAUUUCUGUAGUAUCUUAGAAGUGGGGAGGACUUGUGAACUUAUAUAAAACAAUUACUUAUCGCAUAGUGAACUUUGUGAAUUGUGUUCGUUCGCGAGUCAAUCUUCUAGGUUACACGUAUGUUAUACAUUGUUUAUUAAUCGAGACUAUUGCAGCUGUGCAGCAUCCCCAACUGGCUGAAAUAAAACUGAAAGCAUGUCUGCAUCACCAAUUGCAAGGCAAACAACUCAAAGCCAAAAUAUACCUUCGAAACGAGUUGUUAUUAACGAUCCCAGUCAAUUGCCUAUUGAUUAUUCAUCCACCCCUGGUGGAACGCUUUUUUCAACUACGCCCGGAGGUACACGUAUCGUGUAUGAGCGUGAUUUCUUGAUGAACUUACGAAAUUCUCCAAUAUCGCAAACACCGCCGCGAAAUAUGCCAUCCAUACCAGGAGAAUUAUUAAAAAAUACACUGCAAAAUUUUUCAACAUCAGCGAAGAAUCAAAUUAAUAAAGGUUGCUUUUGUUCAGUUAUUGAUCUACGUGAAAUAUACUCCGGUAAUUGAAGAAUCUGCAGAACAAUUUGAAAUGGAUAUGUAAGAAAUUGUGAUUGCAAUAUACAUUUACAAUAUAUUCAUGUUGUGCCAGCCAUUGUAAUGAAUAUUAACAAUAUAUCAUUUUUGUAUAAGUAUGUACCAUCAGGGGCCUUAUAAACGUAAUAAGUGUUUACAUAACAUUCAGCAAUAUUCAGUGUAAUUGAUAUAGCUGUAUUGAUUCAUUGCAUUAUCAUCUUGUACGAUUAAUAAAGGUAAGAAAAAAUUUAAA